UAAAGUUGUGUGCGUUCUGCCUAACGCUGAAUUCCCGGCGGUUUCUGGCUUCUCGGAGUUUCUGUUGGUGUCCCGGGGCUUCCAGUAGUUCCGGAGCCAGCAGGGACCCAGCAAGAGUCCUUCAUUCCUGCACAGCCCACGGCCGGCUUCCGAUAUAUGGGGUUGAAGAGAGGGAGGCGUCGGCUGGCCAAGCGAGAAAAUUGCGAAUCUGGGUCUCAGAGGAAGAGAGAAGGGUCGGGGGUCGGGGAGAAGAAUGGUCGUCUUGGCUGCGCUUAUAGAAGGAGCGGAAGGUGGAUCUUAGAAAGACGAUUCAACGUUCUCCCAACUAUUCCGAAAACAUUUGUGUUUCUUCUCGUGAUCUGAUUUUUAGCUCUGUGCUAUACCGUAGCCUGGGACACUUCGAUAUUUUUAUUUUCACUGAGCGUAAAAAUGGAGAUGUUACUCAGGCAUGUAUUGCUUGAGACAGUUCACCUGCAGCUUUAUUACUUGAAAAUUAUAUAUUAAGUAAAUGUAAUGUAGUAAAUUUCUACACACAGAGAAAAAUAAGCUGUAUUUUUUAAGCAGAACAGAGAGUUCUCGUGGCAACCUUUCACCACCUUUGUCUUAACAUUUGGCCACUGUUUUUCGCUAAGAUGAGCAUCCGCCCUUCCUCCUUUCCUUUUGACCCUGAGCGGCGAGUCCAGAGCACGUUGAAGAAGGUCUUUGGGUUUGACUCUUUUAAGACGCCUUUACAGAAGAGUGCGACCAUGGCUGUAGUAAAAGGGGACAAGGAUGUCUUUGUGUGCAUGCCCACAGGGGCAGGAAAAUCCCUCUGCUAUCAGCUCCCUGCACUGUUGGCCAACGGCAUCACCCUUGUAGUCUCACCUCUCAUUGCUUUGAUUCAGGACCAAGUGGACCACUUGCUGGCCCUGAAGGUACCGGUGAGUUCCCUGAACUCGAAGCUCUCAGCACAGGAGAGGAAGGAGCUGCUCUCUGACCUGGAGCAAGAAAAGCCCCAGACCAGGCUUCUGUACAUUACCCCGGAGAUGGCGGCAUCAGCCUCCUUCCAGCCCAUCCUGAACUCCCUGUUAUCCCGCCACCUGCUCUCUUAUUUGGUGGUGGAUGAGGCUCAUUGUGUUUCCCAGUGGGGACAUGACUUCCGUCCUGACUACUUGCGUCUGGGUGCCCUGCGCUCCCGCCUGAGACAUAUCCCGUGUGUGGCUUUGACUGCCACAGCCACCCUGCAGGUCCAAGAGGACGUGUUUGCUGCCCUGCACCUGAAGCAACCAGUUGCCACAUUCAAGACUCCCUGCUUCCGGGCCAACCUCUUCUAUGAUGUGCAGUUCAAGGAACUGAUUUCUGACCUCUACGGGAACCUGAGGGACUUCUGCCUUAAGGCUCUUGGACAGAAGACUGAUAAAGGGCUGUUGUCCGGCUGCGGCAUUGUCUACUGCAGGACUAGAGAGGCUUGUGAACAGCUGGCCAUAGAGCUCAGUUGCAGGGGUGUGAACGCCAAGGCUUACCACGCAGGGCUGAAGGCUUCUGAAAGAACACUGGUGCAGAAUGAGUGGAUGGAGGAGAAGGUCCCUGUAAUUGUUGCAACCAUCAGUUUUGGGAUGGGAGUGGAUAAAGCCAACGUCAGGUUCGUCGCCCACUGGAAUAUUGCCAAGUCCAUGGCUGGAUACUACCAGGAGUCUGGCCGGGCCGGCAGGGAUGGAAAGCCUUCCUGGUGCCGUCUCUAUUAUUCUAGGAAUGACCGGGACCAAGUCAGCUUCCUGAUCAGGAAGGAAGUAUCGAAACUCCAGGAAAAGAGAGGGAACAAAGCAUCUGAUAAAGCCACUCUCUUGGCCUUCGAUGCCCUAGUGACUUUCUGCGAAGAAUUGGGAUGCCGGCAUGCUGCCAUUGCCAAGUACUUUGGGGACGCACCACCUGCCUGCACCAAAGGCUGCGACCAUUGCCAGAACCCGAUGGCUGUGCGGAGGCAGCUGGAUGCCUUGGAGCGCAGCAGCAGCUGGAGCAAGACCUGUAUCGGGCCCUCCCAGGGGAAAAGCUUCGACCCUGAGCUGUACGAGGGAGGCCGCAGGGGCUAUGGUGGCUUUAGCAGGUACGACGAGGGCUCUGGAGGCAGCGGGGACGAGGGCAGAGAUGAGGCUCACAAGCGGGAGUGGAAUCUCUUCUAUCAGAGGCAGAUGAAGCUGCGCAAGGGCAAAGACCCCAAGAUAGAAGAAUUUGUACCCCCAGAUGAGGACUGUCCCCUGAAAGAGGCUUCCAGCAGGAGGGUCCCUAGGCUCACUGUGAAGGCCCGAGAGCACUGCCUGCGGCUUCUGGAGGAGGCUCUGAGCAGUAACCACCAGGCCACACAUACCACUGAGGGAGCUGACCUCCAGGCCAAGGCCGUGGAACUGGAAUAUGAGACGUUCCGAAAUGCCAGGGUGGCUAACCUGUAUAAGGCCAGCGUGCUGAAGAAGGUGGCUGAGAUACACAAAGCCUCCAAGGAUGGGCAGCCCUACGACAUGGGAGGUAGUGCCAACAGCUGCAGUGCCCAAGUGGAACCCUCAGAGCCCAACGAGUAUGACAUCCCACCGGCUUCCCAUGUGUAUUCGCUCAAACCCAAGCGGGUGGGAGCUGGCUUCCCCAAAGGCUCCUGCCCAUUCCAGACGGCCACGGAGCUGAUGGAGGCGACGCGGAUCCAGGAGCAAGCGUCCCAGUCCGUGCGGGGAAGUGAGCAGGAGCCCCCUAGCCAGCCCUGUGGCCUCCAGGAUGAGGACAGGAGUGCGCCCCUCCCCAGGCCCAGAGGAGAGGCCCCUGGAGGUAGUGCUCAUUGUGCGGGGGCCUCCCCAGAGAAGAAGGCGAAAGGCUUUUCUGGCGGCAGUCCCAUUGCCAAGGCCCGGGCUAACAAGAAGCAGCAGCUGCUAGCUGCAGCAGCCCACAAGGAUUCUCAGAACAUCACCCGCUUCUUCUACCAAAGGGCAGAAAGCCCACCUCUGCGUGCUUCAGCCCCAAGGGCAGAAGGUGCCAGCCCCUCCUGCGAGGGGAUUGAGAGACCCCCAGUGGCUCCGGAGAAGGAAGAUGGAGCCUGGGGACAUUCAAAUGCCCCUCCCCAGACUGAGGAGUGCUCCAGAGAAGGACCAGGCACCUGCCCACUCGGAGACCAGGCCCCCCCUGAAGCCCAGCCCACCCCCGCAAAGGAGACGCAGAUGAGCAAGCGGCCCAGAUCCCAGCAGGAGAACCCAGAAAGCCAGGCUCAGAAGAGGCCUCGCCCCUCAGCCAAGCCUUCCAUCUCAGCGGAGGUCAAGGGCAGCAUGUUGUCAGCCAGUCAUCAGGGCACCUUGAACCCUACAGCCCAAGACUCCUGCCAGCUCUCAGCUUCUGGCAUCCCUUUAAAGGAGGCUGCAAAUGUUGUGGUCAAGUGCCUGACCCCCUUCUACAAGGAGGGCAAGUUUGCAUCCAAGGUAGGGAAUUGUUUUAAAGGCUUCGCUCGCCACCUGUCACACUUGCUGGCUCAGAAGACCUCUCCCGGGAGGAGCGUGAAAGAAGAGGCCCAGAACCUCAUCAAGCACUUUUUCCACGGCCGGGCCCGGUGUGAGAGUGAAGCUGACUGGCACAGCCUGUGUGGCCCACAGAGAUGACCACCUGCUGGCUGGGCAGGGUCCACGUCCUCCUCCAGACACCACCGUGGCCAGCCUGGGACUCCCCUGCAGAUGCAGGGCUGUCGGGUCUGGUCAGGGUCCUUCCACCUUCCAAGCAUACCUUGCUUUGGGUAUGGCCCCAGACCCCUCCCAAAUCAAGGUCAGAGGUCAGCCCACCUUUGCUUCUGCUUGCAACGUCUGUGGUCCUUUCUCAGAGCUUCCCUGGGUUUUCUGGGCCAGAUGCCCAGGAUAGAAGGUGGUAGGUGGUGUGGCCCCUUAACGUCGCAUACUUAAGUUUUAAGCCAGGGACAUGGCCUAUCUCUUCACAGUAUUGGGGCCUACUUGGGAUUGCCCACUCUCCAUCCCUUGAGACGCCAGCCUUGCCCCAGGCGCAGAGCUUGUGGCAGAGGGCAGCAGCCUGGCUACACGCCCUGCUCAGCUCCUGGUUGGGAAGGCCACGCCCACUGAGAUGUUUACAAGGGGAAUAAAGUCCUGUCUGUUAUGGCACACA